CAGAUGACCCUAUUGUGUCAAAUUUUGCAGCAAGGUUCUGUCGCAAUUACGAGUUCAGCAACCGGAACCAACAUGUUACUGUGAAAAUCUACAUAAGUGCAGAUGAACAAUGACAACAAGAUACAGCAAACGAGGAAGAGCCAGAAUGGGUUUCGGCAGGACCUACCUCUCGCCUGGACACAAUCAAACUUUGUGGAUUCGAUGAAGAUAAGGCGUUGAUUGAGCACAAAAACUAACAGAUCGAUAUUUUGCGCCGAUUGCUCAUGAAAAACAACGUUGAGAAUGCAACUGAUCCACCACAAAUGCAACAACAGCAACAAUCAACCCAACAGCCGCACUCUCCAUCCCAACCUUUGCUCGAGUCUCGUGUUCAAGUAUCUAGAAACAGCGGCAGCCAAAAAGGAGAAAUCGACUACUACUACUACUACGGAGGUCGGCGCUCUCGUCGAAAAAUUCCUCCGGAAGGCUGCACAAGCGAUGGAAGUUUCGAUUGUAAGCGAUGGUCCCAGGAGGAUCCGCACGAUAAUAUUGGUCCCUAUUCGCCCAAAUGGUCGCCCAUUCCAAUGCAUACAGGCUUCAGUGGGAAACCACCACCACCUUCAGUUGCACCAACAGCAGCAAGAGCUACAGCUGGUCGUUCUAAUGUAGGUUCGCUUGGGGAGCACGCACCCCGCUGCAGGAUCAGCACGAACGAAAGAAGCAGUCGAAUAAGGCCGACAUUUCUCCAGAAGGUGAUUUGACACUUGGUAGUGUCCGAUGGAAAGAUGUGAACGUUAGGAAAUAUCCAACCUUAUAGCACCAACACUAACAUCACCCUACGCAUGUCGCGUUACACCUGAAUAUUCCAUGCUUCUUAUUCAAAAACAGGAAGUGGGUUAUAUCUAUGGUAUAACCGCAAGGGUGACGUAGGACUAUCGUUGAUUUAGAGAUCAUUUGUAUGAAGUUGAAUCUGAAUUCAUUCUGAAUGAAUGAAUAUUUGGAGAACCUCGAAAA